ACAGUCAUUUCAGAAAAUAAAGGCGGGACACCUAGUAUUCCCGCGUAUUCUGUAGAUUUUCUUGAAUGAAAGUUUGAAUAUCCAUCAAAACUCUAUUUACUUUUAUUUACAUAUCCACAAAAUCUUUAUCAGUGAUAACUCAAAAAUGGGUAUUUUGGGCUUGUCAAAACUAAUAGCUGAUAUAGCACCUGGUUCAAUCAAGGAACGAGAAUUGAAACAUUAUUUUGGUAGAAAAAUAGCAAUAGAUGCAUCCAUGUGUUUAUAUCAAUUCUUGAUUGCUGUUCGCAGUGAAGGAGCACAACUUACAGCAGCUGAUGGUGAAACAACAAGCCAUUUAAUGGGAACAUUUUAUCGUACUAUACGUUUAGUAGACCAAGGUAUAAAACCUGUAUAUGUUUUUGAUGGGAAACCACCAGAUUUAAAAGGUGGAGAACUUGCUAAACGCGCUGAAAAAAGAGAGGAAGCACAAAAAUUGUUGCAAGCUGCAGAAGAAGCUGGAAAUGCUGAAGAGGUCGAUAAAUUUAAUAGAAGAUUGGUUAAAGUUACAAAAAUUCAUUCUGAUGAAGCCAAGCAAUUACUUAAAUUAAUGGGUAUACCAUAUGUCGAUGCUCCGUGCGAAGCUGAAGCUCAAUGUGCUGCUUUGGUAAAAGGUGGAAAAGUUUAUGCGACAGCAACAGAGGAUAUGGAUGCUCUUACUUUUGGAUGUGACAUUUUAUUGCGUCGUUUAACUUUCAGCGAAGCUAGAAAAAUGCCUGUUCAAGAAUUUCAUUUUAAUAAAGUAUUAGAAGGUUUGGAAUUGAAUAAGGAUGAAUUUAUUGACCUUUGCAUUAUGUUGGGUUGUGACUAUACAAACAGUAUUAAAGGAAUUGGUCCUAAAAGAGCAAUAGAAUUAAUAAAAACACAUAAGUCUCUUGAAAAGAUUAUAGAAAAAUUGGAUACUAAAAAAUAUACUAUACCGGAAGAUUGGAAUUAUAAGCAAGCAAGAUUGUUAUUUAAAGAACCAGAUGUUGCAAAUGUCGAUGACAUUGAAUUGAAAUGGUCAGAACCAGACGAAGAAGGUUUAGUAAAGUUUUUAUGUGGUGACAAACAAUUUAAUGAAGAACGUGUUAGAAGUGGCGCAAAAAAAUUAUACAAAGCUCGUAAUACAACGACCCAGGGUAGACUUGAUUCAUAUUUUAAAGUAUUACCGACUCCAAAUUCAAAUCCACAAAAGCGUAAGAUAGAAGAAAAGAAGGGAUCAUCUAAGAAAGGCAAAACUGGUGGUAAUAGUAAAUUCAAAGGAAAAGCAAAAUAAAAUUUAUAUGAUAACGAUUACUAUGUCUCGAAUAGAAAAAUCUUAAAUAUGAUGCAAGAUCUCAAAAUAUCUACUUUUAUUUUAUAUCUAAAAUCUACUGUAAAUCGUCAGUGUUAAUAAUACGCUCAAUUAAAAAGCAA